AGGCUCUGGAGUGGGGAGGGAGGGCGGCAGUGCCUCCAGACAGCUGCCCUGGCCUGGAAAGAAAAGGAGAGACUGAGAGGGAGAUACAGAGUCACCCAGAGACCCCCAGACUCAGACUUGGAGCAAGACAGAGAAGGGGGCACAUGCAUCUGCAGCUUGUCCUGGACCCCAGACCCUGCCUUGCCAAGCCCUCCCAGGCUGGGGGCAACUGAGAGCGGCCAACAGGGAUCCAGAACUGUAUCUGGCCUGACGGGCACCAAGCUCUUGACCCAGGAUGGUGAUUUUACAGCAGGGGGACUAUGUCUGGAUGGACCUGAGAUCCGGACAGGAGUUCGACGUGCCCAUUGGGGCAGUGGUGAAGCUCUGUGACUCUGGGCAGAUCCAGGUGGUGGACGAUGAAGGCCAUGAACACUGGAUCUCCCCGCAAAAGGCCACACACAUCAAGCCCAUGCACCCCACAUCAGUCCACGGCGUGGAGGACAUGAUCCGCCUGGGGGACCUCAAUGAGGCUGGCAUCCUGCGCAAUCUGCUCAUCCGCUACCGGGAACACCUCAUCUACACAUACACGGGCUCCAUCCUGGUGGCUGUGAACCCCUACCAGCUGCUCUCCAUCUAUUCACCAGAGCACAUCCGCCAGUAUACCAACAAGAAGAUUGGGGAGAUGCCCCCCCACAUCUUUGCCAUCGCUGACAAUUGUUACUUCAACAUGAAACGCAACAGCCGUGACCAGUGCUGCAUCAUCAGUGGGGAGUCUGGGGCAGGGAAGACAGAGAGCACCAAGCUGAUCCUGCAGUUCCUGGCGGCCAUCAGCGGGCAGCACUCCUGGAUCGAGCAGCAGGUGCUAGAGGCCACCCCCAUCUUGGAAGCAUUCGGGAAUGCCAAGACCAUCCGCAAUGACAACUCCAGCCGCUUUGGGAAGUACAUCGACAUCCACUUCAACAAGCGGGGUGCCAUCGAGGGCGCCAAGAUUGAGCAGUACCUGCUGGAGAAGUCACGUGUCUGUCGCCAGGCCCCUGAUGAAAGGAACUACCACGUGUUCUACUGCAUGCUGGAGGGCAUGAGCGAGGAGCAAAAGAAGAAGCUGGGCCUGGGCCAGGCCACAGACUAUAAUUACCUGGCCAUGGGUAACUGCACAACCUGUGAGGGCCGGGAGGACAGCCAGGAAUACGCCAACAUCCGCUCCGCCAUGAAGGUGCUCAUGUUCACCGACACCGAGAACUGGGAGAUCUCGAAGCUCCUGGCCGCCAUCCUGCAUCUAGGCAACCUGCAGUACGAGGCCCGCACAUUUGAAAACCUGGAUGCCUGUGAGGUCCUGUUUUCCCCGUCCCUGGCCACAGCGGCGUCCCUGCUUGAGGUGAACCCCCCAGAUCUGAUGAACUGCCUGACCAGCCGCACCCUCAUCACCCGUGGGGAGACAGUGUCCACCCCGCUCAGCAGGGAGCAGGCGCUGGAUGUGCGGGACGCCUUUGUAAAGGGCAUCUACGGGCGGCUCUUCGUGUGGAUUGUCGACAAGAUCAACGCUGCGAUCUACAAGCCCCCGUCCCAGGAAGUGAAGAACUCCCGCCGGUCCAUCGGCCUCCUGGACAUCUUUGGGUUUGAGAACUUUGCUGUGAACAGCUUCGAGCAGCUGUGCAUCAACUUCGCCAACGAGCACCUGCAGCAGUUCUUUGUGCGACACGUGUUCAAGCUGGAGCAGGAGGAGUAUGACCUGGAGAGCAUCGACUGGCUGCACAUCGAGUUUACUGACAACCAGGACGCCCUGGACAUGAUCGCCAACAAGCCCAUGAACAUCAUCUCCCUCAUCGACGAGGAGAGCAAGUUCCCUAAGGGCACAGACACCACCAUGUUGCAUAAAUUGAACUCCCAGCACAAGGUCAACUCAAACUACAUUCCUCCCAAGAACAACUAUGACACCCAGUUUGGAAUCAACCACUUUGCGGGUGUCGUCUACUAUGAGAGCCAAGGCUUCCUGGAGAAGAACCGAGACACGCUGCAUGGGGACAUCAUCCAGCUGGUUCACUCCUCCAGGAACAAGUUCAUCAAGCAGAUCUUCCAGGCUGACGUCGCCAUGGGCGCAGAGACCAGGAAGCGCUCGCCCACACUCAGCAGCCAGUUCAAGCGGUCGCUGGAGCUGCUGAUGCGCACGCUCGGCGCCUGCCAGCCCUUCUUCGUGCGCUGCAUCAAGCCCAAUGAGUUCAAGAAGCCCAUGCUGUUCGACCGGCACCUGUGCGUGCGCCAGCUGCGGUACUCGGGGAUGAUGGAGACCAUCCGAAUCCGCCGAGCUGGCUACCCCAUCCGCUACAGCUUCGUGGAGUUCGUGGAGCGGUACCGAGUGCUGCUGCCUGGCGUGAAGCCAGCCUACAAACAGGAUGACCUUCGGGGGACAUGCCAGCGUAUGGCAGAGGCUGUGCUGGGUGCCCACGAUGACUGGCAGAUCGGCAAAACCAAGAUCUUCCUGAAGGACCACCAUGACAUGCUGCUGGAGGUGGAGCGGGACAAGGCCAUCACCGACAGAGUCAUCCUCCUCCAGAAGGUCAUCCGGGGAUUCAAAGACAGGUCCAACUUCCUGAAGCUGAAGAACGCCGCCACACUGAUCCAGAGGCACUGGAGGGGCCACAACUGCAGGAGGAACUAUGGGCUGAUGCGGCUGGGCUUCCUGAGGCUACAGGCCCUGCAACGUUCCCGCAAGUUGCACCAGCAGUACCACCUAGCCCGCAGGCACAUCAUCCAGUUCCAGGCCCGCUGCCGUGCCUACUUGGUACGCAAAGCCUUCCGCCACCGCCUCUGGGCCGUGCUCACCGUGCAGGCCUAUGCCCGGGGCAUGAUUGCCCGCAGGCUACACCAGCGCCUCAGGGCUGAGUACCUGCGGCGCCUGGAGGCCGAGAAAAUGCGCCUGGCAGAGGAGGAGAAACUGCGGAAGGAGAUGAGUGCCAAGAAGGCCAAGGAGGAGGCGGAACGCAAGCAUCAGGAGCGCCUGGCCCAACUGGCUCGUGAGGAUGCAGAGAGGGAGCUGAAGGAAAAGGAGGAGGCUCGGCGGAAGAAGGAGCUGCUGGAGCAGAUGGAGAAGGCCCGCCAUGAGCCCAUCAAUCACUCGGAUAUGGUGGACAAGAUGUUCGGCUUCCUGGGAACUUCCGGUGGCCUGCCGGGCCAGGAGGGCCAGGCGCCUAGAGGUUUUGAGGACCUGGAGUGUGGGCGGAGGGAGAUGGUGGAGGAGGACCUGGACGCGGCCUUGCCUCUGCCCGACGAGGAUGAGGAGGACCUCUCCGAGUAUAAAUUUGCCAAGUUUGGUGCCACCUACUUCCAGGGCACAACCACGCACACCUACACCCGGAGGCCCCUCAAGCAGCCUCUGCUGUACCACGACGAUGAGGGGGACCAGCUGGCGGCCCUGGCGGUCUGGAUCACCAUCCUCCGGUUCAUGGGGGACCUCCCUGAGCCCAAGUACCACACAGCCAUGAGUGAUGGCAGCGAGAAGAUCCCCGUGAUGACCAAAAUUUAUGAGACCCUGGGCAAGAAGAUGUACAAGAGGGAGCUGCAGGCCUUGCAGGGCGAGGGCGAGACCCAGCUCCCCGAGGGGCAGAAGAAGAGCAGCGUGAGGCACAAGCUGGUGCACCUGACCCUGAAGAAGAAGUCCAAACUGACAGAGGAGGUAACCAAGAGGCUGCACGACGGGGAGUCCACAGUGCAGGGCAACAGCAUGCUGGAGGACAGGCCCACCUCCAACCUGGAGAAGCUGCACUUCAUCAUUGGCAAUGGCAUCCUGCGGCCAGCUCUGCGGGAUGAGAUCUACUGCCAGAUCAGCAAGCAGCUCACUCACAACCCUUCCAAGAGCAGCUAUGCCCGGGGCUGGAUCCUCGUGUCUCUCUGCGUGGGCUGCUUCGCCCCCUCAGAGAAGUUUGUUAAGUACCUGAGGAACUUCAUCCACGGGGGACCUCCUGGUUACGCCCCAUACUGUGAGGAGCGGCUCAGAAGGACCUUCGUCAAUGGAACGCGGACGCAGCCACCUAGUUGGCUGGAGCUGCAGGCCACCAAGUCCAAGAAACCCAUCAUGUUGCCAGUGACAUUCAUGGACGGGACCACCAAGACGCUGCUGACAGACUCAGCAACCACAGCCAAGGAGCUGUGCAACGCGUUGGCUGACAAAAUCUCACUCAAGGACCGCUUCGGGUUCUCCCUCUACAUUGCCCUGUUUGAUAAGGUGUCCUCUCUGGGCAGUGGCAGUGACCACGUCAUGGACGCCAUCUCCCAGUGUGAGCAGUACGCCAAGGAGCAGGGCGCCCAGGAGCGCAACGCCCCCUGGAGGCUGUUCUUCCGAAAAGAAGUCUUCACACCCUGGCACAACCCCUCGGAAGACAACGUGGCCACCAACCUCAUCUACCAGCAGGUGGUGCGAGGGGUCAAGUUCGGGGAGUACAGGUGUGAGAAGGAGGAUGACCUGGCUGAGCUGGCCUCCCAGCAGUACUUUGUGGAUUACGGCUCUGAGAUGAUCCUGGAGCGCCUCUUGAGCCUCGUGCCCACCUACAUCCCCGACCGCGAGAUCACGCCCCUGAAGACAUUGGAGAAGUGGGCCCAGCUGGCCAUUGCUGCCCACAAGAAGGGGAUCUACGCCCAAAGGAGAGCUGAUGCCCAGAAGGUCAAAGAGGAUGUGGUCAAUUACGCCCGCUUCAAGUGGCCCUUGCUCUUCUCUAGGUUUUAUGAAGCCUUCAAAUUCUCAGGCCCCAGCCUCCCCAAGAACGACGUCAUUGUGGCCGUCAACUGGACAGGAGUCUACUUCGUGGAUGAGCAGGAGCAGGUGCUUCUGGAGCUGUCCUUUCCCGAGAUCAUGGCCGUGUCCAGCAGCCGGGAGUGCCGUGUCUUGCUCUCGCUGGGCUGCUCUGACGUGGGCUGGGCAGGACUGACCCCGGCUGGGCCCUGUUCUCCGUGUUGGUCCUGCAGGGGAGCGAAACUGGUAGCCCCCAGCUUCACCCUGGCCACCAUCAAGGGCGACGAGUACACCUUCACCUCCAGCAACUCCGAGGACAUCCGUGACCUGGUGGUCACUUUCCUGGAGGGGCUCCGGAAGAGGUCUAAGUAUGUGGUGGCCCUGCAGGACAACCCCAACCCUGCGGGUGAGGAAUCAGGCUUCCUCAGCUUUGCCAAAGGAGACCUCAUCAUCCUGGACCAUGACACAGGCGAGCAGGUCAUGACCUCCGGCUGGGCCAACGGCAUCAACGAGAGGACCAAGCAGCGUGGGGACUUCCCCACCGACUGUGUGUACGUCAUGCCCACGGUCACCAUGCCACCAAGGGAGAUUGUGGCCCUGGUUACCAUGACCCCAGACCAGAGGCAGGAUGUUAUCCGGCUCAUGCAGCUGCGAACAGCGGAGCCUGAGGUGCGCGCCAAGCCCUACACGCUGGAGGAAUUUUCCUACGACUACUUCAGGCCCCCACCCAAGCACACACUGAGCCGGGUGAUGGUGUCCAAAGCCCGAGGCAAGGACCGGCUGUGGAGCCACACAAGGGAGCCUCUCAAGCAGGCGCUGCUGAAGAAGAUUCUGGGCAGUGAGGAGCUGUCACAGGAGGCCUGCAUGGCCUUUAUCGCCAUGCUCAAGUACAUGGGUGACUACCCAUCCAAGAGGAUGCGCUCCGUCAAUGAACUCACUGAUCAGAUAUUUGAGGGGGCCCUGAAGGCUGAACCCCUCAAGGAUGAGGUGUACGUGCAGAUCCUAAAGCAGCUGACUGACAACCACAUCCGGUACAGUGAAGAGCGGGGCUGGGAGCUGCUGUGGCUGUGCACGGGCCUCUUCCCACCCAGCAACAUCCUCCUGCCCCACGUGCAGCGCUUCCUGCAGUCCCGCAAGCACUGCCCGCUUGCCAUUGACUGUCUGCAGCGGCUCCAGAAAGCCCUGAGAAAUGGGUCUCGGAAGUACCCCCCACAUCUGGUGGAGGUGGAGGCCAUCCAGCACAAAACCACCCAGAUUUUCCACAAGGUCUACUUCCCCGAUGACACUGAUGAGGCCUUCGAGGUGGAGUCCAGCACUAAGGCCAAGGACUUCUGCCAGAACAUCUCUGCCAGGCUGCUGCUCAAGUCCUCCGAGGGGUUCAGCCUCUUUGUCAAAAUUGCGGACAAGGUCAUCAGCGUGCCCGAGAAUGAUUUCUUCUUCGACUUUGUUCGACACCUGACAGACUGGAUAAAGAAGGCGCGGCCCGCCAAGGAUGGAAUCUUGCCAUCGCUCACCUAUCAGGUAUUCUUCAUGAAGAAGCUGUGGACCACCACAGUGCCAGGGAAGGACCCCAUGGCUGACUCCAUCUUCCACUAUUACCAGGAGUUGCCCAAGUAUCUCCGAGGCUACCACAAGUGCACGAGGGAGGAGGUGCUACAGCUAGGGGCGCUGAUCUACAGGGUCAAGUUCGAGGAGGACAAGUCCUACUUCCCCAGCAUCCCCAAGCUGCUACGGGAGCUGGUGCCCCAGGACCUCAUCCGGCAGGUCUCACCUGACGACUGGAAGCGGUCCAUCGUCGCCUAUUUCAACAAGCAUGCAGGGAAGUCCAAGGAGGAGGCCAAGCUGGCCUUCCUGAAGCUCAUCUUCAAGUGGCCCACUUUUGGCUCCGCCUUCUUCGAGGUGAAGCAAACGACAGAGCCCAACUUCCCUGAGAUCCUCUUAAUUGCCAUCAACAAGUAUGGGGUCAGCCUCAUCGAUCCCAGAACUAAGGACAUCUUGACGACUCACCCCUUCACCAAGAUCUCCAACUGGAGCAGCGGGAACACCUAUUUCCACAUCACCAUCGGAAACCUGGUGCGCGGCAGCAAACUGCUCUGUGAGACAUCACUGGGCUACAAGAUGGAUGACCUCCUGACUUCCUAUAUUAGCCAGAUGCUCACAGCUAUGAGCAAACAGCGGGGCUCCAGGAGCGGCAAGUGAACGGCGCAGGGGUGGCACCAGCACUGUGGUGUCUGCUUUCUAGGCAGCAACCAGUUCAGGCCCAUCAGCUCCCCCUGCAGCUGGUGGAGGGCCUCUGCCAUCAGGGCUGGGGCACUGGGUAGGCCACCACUAACUGUACCAACUUAGCCUCUGAUCCUUUUUCCAGUAAGGGAGCCUCAGGGGGGUUGCAGAACCCCUUCCCUCCACCGAGAGACAUCUGGGUUGAUUCGAGUCCUGGCUUGCUGUCGCCUUCCCACUUACAAGAUUCCACAGCCACUUGGAUGCCUUUUCUUACUUCAGACCAGUCCUAUCACACAACCUCCUUCAACUUUCUGUGUACCACUGGGACAGGCAAUCAAGAGUAUGGAGAACCAAACAAACCAGGAAUAUUCUGAAACUUAAGGGACUGACUUAAUUCCCCAAGCCCAGGACCCUCGGCUGGGGUAAUGGAGACAGACUGCUUUUAUAUACUGCAGUGUGUGUGCCGAGCCCCUGCUCCAGUCUCCCCUGGUGACCCAGGGCUUUUAUAAAAGCAUGUGUUUCAGUUUCUGGCCCUAUAGUGUCUUUGCUGGGGGAGGGGGAGGCAGAGGGGAGAUUUUGGGGUGCCAGGUCAGGGCCCUGUAGCCUGUAUAAUUGGUCUGUGCAUGCAGGGCCAAACUAGUCCAGAUUUGUGAGCUGGAGUGUACCUGAGUCCAAGCUGUGUUAGAAAAGGGCUUAAAGGGACUGGCUGCGACCAAGGCAGAUUGGGGAGACAUGCCGAACAUCAGUCUGGGAGGGGGAACUAAAUGCUUAUGAGCUGGGGAUCUGGAGGGGGUAACUGCUUCUGGGCCUUAACUAGGGCCAGUAGAACCAGAGUAGCCUUUGCAUUUUUCCAGAAACAUGUCCUUAUCUCAUUAAAACACCUCUAAGAACAAAACUGUCCUGGGUUAAUCCUUUUAUCCAGUGAAUGCCUAAGAAAUGUCACUUUGUGGCCAGGAUGAACAAGUAAA